AUGUACAAGGUAUUGGAACGCAUUAUCCUGGACCGACUCAUUAAACAUCGCGAAGAAACAAAGCGCGACGAGCAAGCUGGCUUUCGUCCUGGCCGAUCUACGAUUGACCAGGUAUUCGUCGUCAGGAGAGUGAUCGAAAUCUGGCAGCGGUAUUCGAAGCCAAUGCAACUAGCGUUUCUGGACUUUGAAGCCAUUUUCGGCUUUCCCCAUCGAGCCCGCCUUCUCAACGCGCUCAGCGCUGACGGGGUACCAGGAAAGUUCAUUCACUUGCCUGAUUACAUGGAUCAACGAACGACCGCUGCAGUUCGAAAACCAGCCGGAUGUACAACACCGUUUGAAGUGGUAACUGGAGUAAGACAAGGGGCGGUGGCAGGACCCUUCCUGUUCGACUUCGCCAUCGACGACAUUAUGCGAAGAACAGUCGACCAGUGUCCUGCCGACAUUGUCUUAGCACCAUCAGGGUGCUCCUUGACUGACCUCGAGUACGCCGACGAUGUUGUUAUAUUCGCGGAAAGCAGCACGAAACUUCAACAUGUUGUCAACCUUAUAUCGAAGCUGGCUGCAGCCUACGCUCUGAUAAAUGCAAGCAGAUGUGGAUCUCUUCGAGACCACGAACGGGAAUCAGGGUGGACGGACAACCGAUAG